AUGGCCAGAACCACGCAGAUCCGACAGGAACACGACGCAGACGCGAAGCAACCCGGCGCCGCUGCUGCCAAUGGAUCCGCAAACGGUACCGUGAGGUCUCCCGUCGACCCCAGCGAGAAAACAGACUACACGCGGUGGAGACUGCUGGACCAGAACGGUCGCCAGACGUGGCACUACCUGGAGUCGGAUGAGGAGAUUGCAAAAUGGCCACAGACCACUGCGGAUAAGUACUUCCUAGGCUUGGACACGAACCUCCCCGAGCUGCCUCCCGCGAAGACACCCGUCCAGGCCGUCAACAAUGGCCUGUCCUUCUUCUCCCAGCUCCAGCUGCCCUCCGGUCAGUGGGCCUGUGAAUAUGGCGGUCCCAUGUUCUUGCUUCCCGGUCUGGUGAUAACUUGGUACGUCACCAAGACCCCGAUCCCGGCCGCCUACAAGACAGAGAUCAAGAACUAUCUGUUCUCGCGACAACACCCCGAGGACGGCGGUUGGGGACUGCAUAUUGAGGGCCGGAGCUCGGUGUUCGGCACCGCGUGCAAUUACGCCGUGCUACGCUUGCUUGGUGCCGAUGCAGAGGAUCCCAGGGUGGUGAAGGCUAGAGCAUGCUUGCACAAGAUGGGUGGUGCCGUCAAUGGCCCGCACUGGUCCAAAUUCUGGCUCAGCGUUCUCGGCGUCACACCCUGGGACAUUGUCAACCCUGUGCCGCCUGAGCUGUGGUUACUGCCUGACUGGGUUCCGAUCGCACCUUGGCGCUGGUGGAUCCACAUGCGUAUGGUUUACCUGCCCAUGGGGUACAUUUGGUCCAAGAAAUGGUCGUAUCAGCCCGACAAGGUUGUGCUUGCACUGCGCCAGGAGCUCUUCACCCAGCCUUGGGAGAGCAUCAACUGGGCUUCGCAUAGGAACAGCAUCUCGGUGCAUGAUAAUUACCACCCGAAGACCUGGAUACUGAACACCAUCAACUGGGGGUUGGUCAACAUCUGGAACCCUUAUUUGAGGCCAAACUUCCUGUCCAAACGUGCUGAAGAUUGGGUCUGGAGGCUGGUGCAGUACGAAGACCACAACACCGGCUACAAUGAUCUUGCUCCUGUCAGCGCCCCCAUGAACCUCCUCUGCUGCUACAUCCAGGAGGGGCCGGACAGCUACUCGGUAAGAAAGCAUCGCGAAAAUAUCCUCAUCUACUUCUGGGUGAAGAAUGAGGGCAUGCUCGCAAAUGGUACCGACGGCGUGCAAAUCUGGGACACAUCGUUCCUCAUCCAGGCGGCAUAUGAAGCAGGUGUUUGUGAGGACCCUCGCUGGAGGCCAGUACUCACCAAGGCUUUGACUUUCCUUGAAAAGCAACAGAUCCGUGAGGAUAUUCACGAGGCGGACAAGUGCUACAGACACAAGCGAAAGGGUGCUUGGGCUUUCAGCACGAAGGACCAAGGCUACCCCGUGUCCGACUGCACCGCCGAAGGACUGAAGGCUGUGUUGCAGCUGCAAAGCAUCCCCGGCUACCCUGAGCUGGUCUCGGAAGAGCGAUUGAAGGAUUCGGUGGACCUGCUACUCACCAUGCAGAACCCGUCCGGCGGCUGCUCGUCCUACGAGCCGACCCGCGGUUCGGAGCUGAUGGAGUACCUCAACGCCGCCGAAGUCUUCGACCGCAUCAUGGUCGAGUACGACUAUCCCGAGUGCACGACGGCAGUCGUCACGGCACUAUGCGCGGCGCGCACGCGGUGGCCGGACUACCGCGCAGCAGAGAUCGAAGCCUUCAUUCAGAGGGCACUGGCGUACAUCCGGCGCGCACAGCGUGCAGACGGCAGCUGGUAUGGCAGCUGGGGCAUCUGCUUCACGUACGCAGGCAUGUUCGCGCUCGAGUCGCUGGGUUGCGUGGGCGAGACGUACGCCAACUCGGAGCGUGUGCGUCGCGCGUGCAAGUUCUUCGUCGAUCGCCAGAUGGCCGAUGGCGGCUGGGGCGAGAGCUACAGGAGCUCCGAGGAGAUGCGCUGGGUCAACCACGAACAGAGCCAGGUUGUGCAGACGGCGUGGGCCGCCAUCGGCCUCAUGGAAGCCCAGUAUCCCGAUAAGGACGUCAUCACUCGUGCCAUCAGGCUGAUCAUGCAGAGGCAGCAGGCUAAUGGCGAGUGGCUACAGGAGGCCAUCGAGGGCGUGUUCAACAACAGCUGCAUGAUUUCUUACCCGAACUACAAGUUCAUCUUCACGAUGAAGGCGCUGGGCAUGUACGCGAAGAAGUACGGCGACGAGGCUUUGCUUUAG